AUGCGUGGACGUUGGCGGAAGCGAGCUCGGCUUGGUGGCUUGUUGAUGGCGGCCGGCGUUGAGCCUGUACUUACUCUUUGUAUGGCCGCUUCGCGGGCGGCUGCGGCAAGAAGGCACAGGUUUAUCGCAUGUCGCGUGUGUUGCUUUGGGGACUGGACCUGGGAGCUGUGGACAUUCCCCGACCGUGCACCAGACGAUAGAGUGGGCGCUAAGGAUUUAGGGUUCUUAAUAUCCUAUUCGGCCACGGACCGAGACUGUGGCGUUCCGAACGCACUACGUCGUCGCAACAAACGCCGCCGUCUCAAGUCCGAUCGUUUCCAAUCGUCGAUCCUGCGGUGUUCCCAAGAAGAAAUGGAUGUUGAUUUGGUGGAUCCGCUUGCCGAACCGUGCGCUGUUUGCGGUGACAAGUCAACCGGAACACACUAUGGUGUGAUUUCAUGUAACGGUUGCAAGGGCUUCUUUCGGCGCACGGUGUUACGUGAUCAGAAGUUCACGUGCCGUUUCAAACAUCAGUGUGUGGUUGAUAAGAGCAUGCGAUGUGCGUGCCGAUGUUGCAGAUUCAAUAAAUGUGUAAGAGUUGGCAUGAAGAGAGAAGCUAUUCAAUUCGAGCGAGAUCCAACAGGCGGCAGCCCGUCAAAGCGAUCGCGCGUAAGCCCCGUUCCUGGGCCAGAGCAGGCUGCAGAGAAUCAAACACCGGUGAUUGCGGCGCUUAUGGACAUGGAGCGUAGAGUGAAUCAGGAGAUGUGCGCCCGUUAUCGUAAUUCAGUCAUUCAACCGGCUACAACAACUGGGUUAAGCAGCGAUGGUGAACCAUCCACAUCAGCAUUCUCGCAACCAAACAAACCUUGCACUGCUGAGGACCUGAAUGAGAUUUCCCGUACAACUUUAUUGCUGAUGGUGGAAUGGGCUAAAGCUCUUCAGCCCUUCCCGAAUUUAAUAAUGGAAGACAAGAUUAUUUUGCUGAAGAACUACGCUCCGCAACAUCUAAUCUUAAUGCCCGCAUUCAGAAGUCCUGACACGACGCGUGUGUGUCUAUUCAACAACACAUACAUGAGUCGUGAUCAAUCGACUGAACUUAACGGAUUCGCAGCGUUCAAAACGAGCAACAUCACACCGAGAGUUCUCGAUGAGAUAGUGUGGCCGAUGCGUCAACUUCAAAUGAGAGAGGAGGAGUUCGUUUGUUUGAAGGCUCUUGCCUUCCUUCACCCAGAAGCAAAAGGAUUGUCUGCUCAGAGUCAAACUCUGGUAAGAGAGGCACGAAAUAAGGUGCUCAAAGCUUUAUACGCUUUUAUUUUGGAGAACAAUCGCGAUGAAGCUCCGACAAGGUACGGCAACAUUCUCUUAUUGGCGCCGGCACUAAAGGCCCUAACGCAGCUGCUCAUCGAGAAUAUGACGUUGACAAAGUUCUUCGGACUUGCUGAGGUUGACUCCUUGCUGUCAGAAUUCAUCCUCGACGACAUUAAUGACCACAGCACCGCACCGGUUAGCCUCCAGGCUCAUCUCUCUUCACCUACUAGUUUGCCGAGCUCCAUAGCAUCGCAAGUUGCCACUGGAAUUUCUCCUCUAAGCGGCAAUUUGAUGGUGAAUGCCGACGCGUCCGGCAGUACAGUGAUGACGAUACUGUAA